CCCUUUUACUCUACCAGUAACGGGUAUAAUAAAUGUAAUUGGUAUGCUUGCACUUUAAAAGUUAAGUAGUUGCUUUGAUUUUAGGUAUUUCGUGGCCUAGAAUUUAAGGUUAGAAUUACUUUAAUAUUGAUUUAAGGAAAUUUGUCGCUUACCAUGUCUAGUAUUGUCUUUUAUUUGCAUACAUUUUACAUUUCUCGGGAAGUGACUCCCCGUUAAGUUGAAAGGGUAAAUUAGAUUCGUCGAUAGCAUGUAGCAGGUAAAAGGAAGCGUUUUUGGCCCUAUAAGGUAUAUAUAGCCGAGUGGAAGGAAGGAAUAUCUGUUGCACUAAAUAAGGUUCCCCUUGCUACACUCUUCAAUACAUUUUACAUACAUAUUAGACCGUUUUUUUUUUGUGAUAGUUGCUAGCGCAAGGCUGCAGCCCUUAGUUUGCUACCACAAUGAGUUCCUCAUUAAAUAUUUCGGAGAUUUCCAAAAUAUUACACUUUAAUUCGUAUUUGUAGAGAAAACUGCUAAAUCAUUUUUUUGGUGUAUUGUCCUCCGCACACAACCUUUCUCAUAUCACUAAACGUAAGCGGACCAAAAAAGAAAGAGGCGGCAGCCGAUGAGCCCACCUUACAUUUAUUCCAUCAUGAAUGUAGCAAGUUGAGACUGAGAAGUUUUAUGCUCAGUUGCCUUUCUCUUCUCCGCCGGUACGAAACGAUCGCACGUAGUGCAGAUGCAGUGAAAAAGUCUGCUCAUUAAAAGUGUUUCGGUCUUCCUGUAAAGCACGCUUUUAUAUGGACAACCAACUACCUUAGAUUCACGUUCUCAGAGAGCUAAUGGAAACGCACGGUGACUGCUCGAAAGAUUGCAUUCUGGGCACUCUCACACAGAGUAGCCUUAGUUCCCUUUAGAUUGGAAGUAGACUUCUCCCUCAGGCCAUUAGGUGCACACAUGUUAUUGAUAUUGUUUGACGGAACUUUCGUUCUUUUGAGUGGUUCUAUGUUUAUAUGUACAUAUAUUCCCUGCAGUUCCACAUGUUACCAACGUGCCAAUGACAUCGACGUGUCAGCAAUGUGCCAAAUCCCUGCAAGCAUUUUCUAUCCCGGAAGACCCUAUUUAGAGACUUCUAGAAGUUAAAUCGAUCGUCCGCGAUAUCGCAUUCGGAUCGCGGAAGUGACUCCCGUUGGGAAAAAAUGUGCCACAUGGGCGACACUUCUCCGGAAAUCGUUUUUCCGCACAGUUUUAUAUUAUGCAAAAUUUGUUCUAUCGUUUUCCUAUCUUCCUGAAGGGACUUAUACCCCCUUCUCAUAGAGCGCAUCCGGUCGAAGCGGUUGAAAUUUUUUAGAAAUUUGAAACUCCGAUUUCCACAGAGCACAUCCACCAUCUACCACCCGAUAACAGCGUAUCUGGCUAAUCGAACCAAGCCUCUUGCUUCUGCGCCUUCCAUUUUCGAUUGUUCCCUCUCAUCAUUGUUUACGUUUUCGUAGUGAAUGUUUCAAUUUCCACUGUCAAGAAGAAGAGCUCAGAGUUGUACCGAACAAACAUCGCCUUACUAUCGCAUAAAAGAGUCCGUCAAAUUUGGAUGGGGAACUAACUGGGAAAUUUUUGGAGCGGCAAAACGCUAUUACCAUCCGUUCAACGGAUGAUAGAUGGUUGAUGGAUCUCUGUGGGAAGACGCUAUUAGAUGGUGACUUCUUAUCGAUAAGUGUAUAUUUUGUUUUUGUAAAAUGUGUUGAUCUUCCAUAAGACGAUAGUUUUUGAUGUUAGGCGAUAGUUUCUUCGUCCAAUUGCUUGCAGGGGUUCGACCGAGCCGACGCUCUCAUUCGACAAUCGUGUCUAAACCGACUCUCCCUCUCUUGUUAAUUUCAUCAAUUAGUUGUAUGAACCGAAAUUUAUUUCAUAAACUUCGGUUUGUGAACCAGUUGGGAUUUUUGACAAAUGUGAAAAGCCUAUUCCCACUGACCCCGUCAACCAUCAUGCUCCACUUGUUAAAGUACCAUAAGACGAUAGUUCAAAACAUUUCUCUAUCUUUCUCAAUCUGAGUUCAAAUUGCUGACUGCGUACAAUCUUUGCCGUCCCCACUCCCCCUUUAUAGUAUGACCAACCUAUAGUAAUAUUUCUAAUACAUAUGUACACAAACCGGGAGUCGGUUGCCUUAGUUAUUUUAAAAUACCAAGUGCCAGCACUUAGCGGCAUAUGGCGGAUAGGACCAGAGGACCAGAGACGGAACCUAGAAUCUAUCCAUCCAAAUUAAACAUCGAUGUUUUUGAAAAUUGGAAAAACAUCGAUGCAUCGAUAUCUCCAUCGAUGUUUCUGCACCUCUAAUAUCAAAAUUGACGACUAUCUUUAACUACGAGAUAGUUUGUAUUCGAUUCGGUGCGGCGCGAAGUGUCCUUUUUACCUGCGUAUAUAUCUUUAUAGAUAUUUUAUGAUAAACACAACGGAUAAUAUUGUCUUUGAUAAGGAUGAAAACGAGAUGGAUAUUCCUGACUUUGAUAUAUAUGAAAAUGAGCGCCAAGGCAAGAGGUAUCCAUAUCCCUUCUUUCUGGAGGAAGACAAGUGGAAUAGCACUGAUGAUGACUUCUCGAUGUCCUGCCCAACGCCCAUACAUAUUACCCAUAAGCCAGAGGGCGCCCACACCAGAACUAGCACCACACAAGCCUCCUCUGCCGAAGACCUUGGAACCCCGAUCUCCGUCGAGCCCAUCAUCUGCGAUAGUAGUAGUGGAGACGGGGACGACGUCGUGGCCAUCCAAAUCCCUACCAUCUCCACGCUCAAGGAAUCUGCCACGGCCUCCGUAGCUCAUACGCAUUCUCGCGAGCGCAGACGACUGGAACGUCAUUCGACUCACGCUCCGAGUACGCCAGAAAUCAUCAAGCAAUUCCUGCCUUUUGAGAAGUUCAAGGCUGCCUACACAAGUAGCGACACCAACCAAAUAGAAUUCGAAGAGGAUAGAAGCGCCAUCUCCUCAAUCUCAGCAUCAACCACAUGCGCCACCGCCAAGGAGUCCCGGACCGCCGAGGUGUUCAGUGAUGCCGAUCCCAGCAUUGGGGAAAUAGAAUUCCUGAAUAUAGACCAGUUCGUGAACACAGACACAAGUAAUAGCACCUCCAACACCUCCAUCAUCGAAGCGGAAAAAUCAGACAUUGUAGAGGAAGAUAGUAGUGCCGAAGAGGAGAACAGAACUGAAUCAGCCAGCUCCUACUGUGGGGAGUCCAACAGCGAGACAAGAUUCAGCGAGGAGAUCGCUGGUCACGCCUCGCCCGUUCACCCUGUGGCUAGUACCUCCCAGUUAAUCUCCUCGCAAGUCGGUGGAAAUAAUGUCACUCGGAAACGAGGACGUCCUGCCAAGGAUCAUGCCGACGGACCCAAUCCCAAACUUAUGUUGCGCAUGAAUAAGGAGCAAAGAAAGGCCUACGAGGACAGGUUAAAAAACAACGAAGCAAGCCGCAUCUCGCGUCGAAAAAAGAAGAAAAGCGAGGAGGAGGAGAAAAAAGGAGAUAGUAGUGCCGAAGAGGAGAACAGAACUGAAUCAGCCAGCUCCUACUGUGGGGAGUCCAACAGCGAGACAAGAUUCAGCGAGGAGAUCGCUGGUCACGCCUCGCCCGUUCACCCUGUGGCUAGUACCUCCCAGUUAAUCUCCUCGCAAGUCGGUGGAAAUAAUGUCACUCGGAAACGAGGACGUCCUGCCAAAGAUCAUGCCGACGGACCCAAUCCCAAACUUAUGUUGCGCAUGAAUAAGGCGCAAAGGAAGGCCUACGAGGACAGGAUCAAAAACAACGAAGCAAGCCGCAUCUCGCGUCGAAAAAAGAAGAAAAGCGAGGAGGAGGAGAAAAAAAUCGAGGCCGACCUCGCGGCCGAGAAUCUGCGACUCCGUGAGUUGGCCGAUAAAGUGGCGUGCCAGGAACGCAAGCUCAAAAAGUUCCUGGUGGAGCACUCAAAAGUAUCAUUUAGUUUGGAUACUUUAAGACGGGCUCCCGUUUAAAAGCUGCAAGAAACAUGAUUUUUAGUUCAGAAAGAAACUCUUUAUCAAGAAAAAGCUGGAAGUAUGUAUUGUGAUUCUCCUAGCCUUAGAUAGCUUUAAUGUUCAAAAGAAUUAGUUCGCACCAUAUUUUUUGAGUACUGCAUUAUAUAUAGAAUUAUUGAUUAUUUCAUAGAUUGUCAUAAGAAUAAAAGUACGAAUUUUUAUUAUAAUGUAUUGUAUUACGUCAUAUUAUAGACCAAAAUAGAUUUUUAUAUUUUUUAUUAACACUGAAAUUCGGAUUGUAAACU